UUCCUGCCACCGUCCAUCAGGUCUCUGCAUCACUCACUCACCCAGGAUCUCGACUGAGGAGUGGUGAUGUUGCGGUGGGCAGCGGCCACACUCUCUCCAGGACUAGAUCGGCGGCUCAUGUGCGAGUGAACGAGGUCGACCCAGUGUGUGUGGCUGACCCGCCCGGUGCAACUCAGAAGGGAUUUCUUAGGUUGAAGAACUGCGGACUGGCUGAGGUCUGCGACUAUGAAGGUCAAAGUCAUCCCGGUACUUGAAGACAACUACAUGUACCUGAUCAUUGAGGAACACACACGGGAGGCCGUGGCUGUAGACGUGGCUGUGCCCAAGAGGCACCUGAACCUAGUGCGCCAGUAUGGGGUGGGUGGCCCACCUGGCCGUCUGCAGCACUGUCACUUCAUCCUUAUCAGCUGCUGGAGAUUGCUGGCCGCGAGGGAGUGUCUCUGACCACGGUGCUGUCCACUCAUCAUCACUGGGACCAUACACGUGGAAAUGCAGAGCUGGCGCGCCUGCAGCCAGGACUGGCUAUCAUGGGAGCAGAUGAGCGGAUCUGCGCGCUAACCCGCAGGCUGGAACACGGAGAGGAACUUCAGUUUGGGGCCAUCCACGUGCGAUGCCUCUUGACGCCGGGCCACACCUCUGGCCACAUGAGCUACUUCCUGUGGGAGGAUGAAUGCCCGGACCCACCAGCCCUCUUCUCUGGUACCUUGCAGCCUGGACUCACCUACCAACCCAAUUCCACUGUGCCCUCCCGACCCCCUUCUGACCCUCUUUGCUCCCUAGGAGAUGCUCUGUCAGUGGCAGGCUGUGGCUGGCACCUGGAGGACACUGCCCAGCAGAUGUACCAGAGCUUGGCCAAGACUCUGGGUACCCUUCCACCCCAGACGAAGGUGUUCUGUGGUCAUGAGCAUACACUGAGCAAUCUUGAGUUUGCACAGAAAGUGGAGCCCUGCAACAGCCACGUGCAAGCUAAGCUGUCCUGGGCCCAGAAGAGGGAUGAUGAUGAUGUACCUACUGUGCCUUCAACGCUGGGCGAGGAGCUCAUGUACAACCCUUUCCUAAGGGUGACAGAGGAUCCGGUCCGUGCGUUCACAGGCCAGGUGGCACCAGCCCAGGUCCUGGAGGUGCUCUGCAGGGAGCGAGCACGCUUCCAGCUUGCUUCGGAGCCUCCACAGCCCCAGGUCCGGGCACUCCUGGCCUUACAAUGGGGGCUUCUGAGCACAGGCCAGGAAAAGUGAACUGUGUGGGGAGCCUGCUUGUCUCCACACUCCUCCGGACCUCAGGCCGACUGGAGCCCCUGCCACCCUGACUGCUUAUGGAGCCAUACAAGUGUGAUCUGUAGGAGCUCUUGUGGGUCCAGAGACAUACAUCCUGGGGACUGAGGAGGGUGAAUAAAACUUUGAAAGGCCCAGUGUGGUACCACAGACACACAGCAGAUA